AUGCAGCUCGCUUUCCUUGUGGCUCUCAUCUGCGGGAUUACCCUCGCGGUCGAGGACUGCACAACAACAUCACAAUCCACUUCCUACUGGAGCAUCAAUGACCUUGUCCUGAAGGUCUACGACUGGGCCAACGGCGGUUCCAUGGGCACGUUUGGGUUCACAUCAUAUUCCUCAGCGACGAACAAAACAGUGGAGUGUCUGGCACAGGAUGUUGAUCUUGCCAGAUUAGCGGGAAAUGAGCCGUGGUCGAAGUGCAGCGAUCCUGGGGUUGAGUUUCGAUUUGAUUUUGAGGAUAUGAGUUUGAGUUUGAGGGAAACGUGGACGUGUUCGGGGUCGCCGGGAACAACAUUCAAUGCCAAUGCGACAGGACUCAUGAUGUUGCAUGGCUGUCUGGACAGUGACACAGAAAAGGGUGUCGAGUCGGAUUGCCAUGUGAUGGAGUUUGACAUGGCGGGCGAAGUGACCUCUUCGGCGGUGUUAUAG